AUGUCUUCCAACAUCCAGCCUAUGACAUCUGCAUCUGUUAAGAGCAGCGAAACUCUUUCAAGUCCCCGAAGACACUCACACAAGGCUCAGACCCUUGCUGGAGAUAGUAUUUCGCAAAGCAUUCUGCCUUCUGGGUUGUCCAGCACACCCAGACCUGUGAACACUACUACUACUAUCUCCUCUGAGACCAUCUCUCGCAAAAAAACCCUACCUAGCACACAAGGGGCUUCAAACUUCAAGAACACUCAAGUUGGAACUCCCAGGGCUAUGGGCACGCUCCGAGACUGCCAAUCCCCUGCAUUAUUGCAUCAUUUGACCAGCAUGCCACCGAGCAUUGCGCAUUAUAGGUUCAGCAUGAAAAGUAUCCCAUUGCCCAAAUUACCAGCAAUGAUGCAGCCAGACCACGAAGACCAGGACCAUGAAGAUGAAGAUGAGGACUGCAAAGACAGCCUGAGUGAAUUUACAGACUCCAGCGACACUGACCGCACAACCAAUGAACUCAAAGCACAGCUAGUCUUGAAUGCAACCCGAGCACAACAAGAUGUUCGCCUUGCGGAGAAGACAUUGGCAGAUUGCAUUCUGAAGGAGAACACUGUGCUUGGGAAACUCUACAAAUUUGAGGCUACAGUGGCUGAGAGGAUGCUGGAGGAUGCUAAUAUUGACAUCAGCUUUGUACGCCAUUCUGUCCGCAAAAGCGGCAUCACUUUAUAUGAGGACUCUAAGCCUCGAAAACAAUGUCGUCAAUCUACUAGUAGUCAAGUUGACACUAGUACACUCAGGCCAGAAGGAGACUCAACUCGGGUACCAGGUACCAGUAGAUCUGCGAGCGUGACUCUGUCCAUGACAUUCGAAUCUGAGGCUGCAGGAUUGGACUUGGAGUUACUGCCUCGAUCAUGUAACACUGUACCGUCUGUAAUACACUACAAGAUGCUGUGCUUGUGCUGCUGUAAGAUGCUGUAA